AUGGUCAUCGAGAACGUGCAAGUCAAAGUCAAUCAAGUGAGAACCUUUGCUGUGUGCUGUACCGCAGACUUAACCCUCGAAGCCAUCAACGACUUCCUCGCUCAAGUCUGGAAGGGAGAAGAGGAUGAAGCAACACAACACACACCAGCAACGCAUGUUCUGACCGUAGUCCACGACCUAUCGGCCCACUUCUGGGGCGCCACCCAAAAACUCCAGACAGAAGAUUCAGAUACAGUCUUGGAAAGCCCCUUUACUGGCCUGAGCUACCUUCAAAUCAGACAACAUCUCGUGCAAAUAAAUCAAGGAACCGGCAUCAGACUGGAAACUAAUUGGUUCCUUGUGCUGGAUGAGCAGUCUGUGGACACUCAGUCGGUCGUCAUGGUCAAUGUCGAGGCUCAAGGCGAGCAUGCGUUACGCUCUGGUGUUAGGUCACUGAGGGUUGAACAUCCCACGUCGUCGAGAUAUCUGGCGGCGGCGAGUAUUGCGAAUCCGCCGAUUCAUGAGUUGAAGGAAAUUGUGGAUAAUAAUCCGGAGAAAUUUCAUGUGCCCACGACCGAACAGAUUGACAACCUUCUCGAUGUGUUCUCAAUUGUCAACGAGUAUGAAGUUCUCUUCUUGGGCAAUGAGAUUACUGCUAUUGUUGCGGAUCAUUUGCAGCACAGCAUCUACAACGACUUAGACGACUUCCAAAUGAUUAUUGCGAAGGUUGCAGCUUUCUAUGGUGACAAUGUCAUCUCUGAUGAGUCUCUGCUUGAAGGUGUCAUUAAAAGUUGCCUAUCCCAUGGCAUGGAAAGACUUGAGAAGGAUUGUAAGCUUUCAACUGUUUUGGGGAAGCGCGAUCUUUUCUCUGGACGCUUGUUUGGACGUUGGAACGAACCUUAUCGUCGGUGA